AUGGCGGCAUCACUGUUCACCUUCUCCUCUACUUCAAGAAGAGUCGUCCCAGCUCCAAACUCUCCUCCUCUUCCCAUAUACAUCAAAGCCACCAACAUAGUUUUCAACCCUGAUAUUCCAGAUGUUCAUCGAGGUCUUGGACUUGAUGAUUUUGUCAAUUUCUUAGUCUCCUGCCGACUCCGAUAUGCAAUCAGUGACGUUCCAUCAGAGUUCUUUCCCAAAAAAGUAUGUGAGUUCUACUACACUGCAACAAUUAAUGAUGAAAACAACGUCAUCUCCGGGACUAUUAGUCGUGGAAGACACUCAGUCUUUAUUACCGCUGGCCUCCUCAGUGUUGCACUCAGGAUACCAAUCUUUGAACCCUUCUCUGAGCUUCCACCUAUUGAACGUUGUCGACGUCUCUUUGACCAACUAGGAUAUGAUCACUCAAAGGCUCGUACUCGAUCAGCUCUCAUUCUGCGUCAAUGUAUGACUCCAGGAUGGAAGUUCUUCACCGGUGCUCUGUGCAAAUGUGUGGGUCACAAAUCUCGCAGUUGUGAUCAACUGAGCACUUAUGAGCAACAAGUCAUCUGUUCCCUUGUUCUCAACAAACGACUUGAUUAUGGGGCUUUCUUCUUUGAUCAGCUUGUUCAACUUCUUCGUGCAAAUGUACGUGCUGAUCAUGUCCCCUUUCCACGCUGGAUUGCUCUUGUGCUAGAUAAAUUUUUCGCUGAAGCUUAUUACUCACACUCUAGAAACCCCAUCCAAUGCCCACGCAUGUCAGUGCGAAUGUAUCAGGAUGAUCCGUUCGAAACUGACAUCGGCAUCUCUGAUCAGAUGAAAGAAUGGAUUGCAAAUCCAUAUACUGUUCCUUCACUAACCGUUGAUACUGAUGAAGGAGCUGAUGGUAACAACGAAGAUCAUGCUGAUCAAGAAGCUGAAUCACAGGAUGGUGGUCAUCUCUCCCCUCAACUUUCUCAUCAUACUCUUUCUGUCGCUAAGAGAGUUCACUCAGCUCAAGGGGAGCAACCAUUUCAGUGGGAGCAACCAUCUCAGGGGGAGCAACCAUCCCAGGGGGAGCACCCUUCUCCGGGGGAGCAACCUUUCUCCCAACAAGUUCCAGGGGGAGAAACUGAUGAUGAUGAUGAUCCAAAAGAGGGAGACAGUGAAUCUGUUGAGCUCGGAUCUGAGGAUAACACCUUAAACCAGACUGAGCCACCACAACCUGUGGUGGAGUCUGAUAGACCAGUUGCUGAGGAGCCUGAUAGACCAGCAGAUACUGAAAAGCUUGCUGAAGAUAGUGAGCAUGAUGAUGAACAUGAUGAUGAGUGUCAGAUGCUGGACAUGAACUUCAUUGAUCCCACUACUCCAGUUCAAGGGGAAGCCUCAGAUGAUGAUGAAGAUGAACAUGAUGAUGAAUGUCAAAUGCUAGACAUGAAAUUCAUUGAUCCCAUUAUGCCAGUCGAAGGAGAAGAUUCUGAUGUAGCUAGUGAGGAUACUCAACCUCUAUCUCGUAACCGCAAGGCAGCAGAUACUAAAUUGGCUUCUUCACACACUGAUACUUCUCUGCCUAGCAAGAAACCUAAGUCCAUCGCCAGCAUAUCUAACUUGGCAGCUGAAUGGAACAUGUCUCCUGAUCAAGUUAAGCAAAUUCUUGAUGAAGCCAAUCAAGCUUAG